AUGGAACGUUGUUCUUAUGGUUUUUACACCAAAAGGUCUGAAAUAUUAGAUAACAUAAAGAAAAAAGAACAAGAAAAAGACCAGCCGCCGACCUCCAACUUCCAACAGCAACAGUUAUCGAAGCCCACAGACAAACAAUUGCAUACUCCUGAUGUGCUGAAUCCGAAAGCCCCUGCGACACAGCAUGUUCCAGCUCAAAUCCUGUCUCCAUCACAUGGAACGGGCUCACCCGUCCAAGCAAAAGACGACUCCAAAGAUAAGACAAUAAAAGUUGCAAAUUCUACAACAAUAACAUUGAUUGAAAACGGUAAUCUCAACGGAGAGAAAGAUAAAGACAAUAAUUAUCAUAAAAACUAUUUUACUUUGGAGCCGAAGAAUGAUAAAAAAGAUGAUUGCAAUAAAAAUAGUAUAACAAUAACUAGAACUGUGCCAAAACAAUCACCAGGUACUGGCCAAUCAGAUAAGACUAAAGUUCAAUCUAAACCAAAUAAGAGGCCCCUUCAAUGUUUAGAGACACUAGCAGAAAAGGCUGGUAUAACUUUUGAAGACAAAUACGAAGCUGCAAACACACUUCUAGCGUUAGAUAAACAAAAUAACACUUUUCGAAGGCCAGAGCUAAAGCAACCCAAAACAGAACCGGAUAGUCACCAACAGUCCGAGGAGUACCGUUAUAGAAAUCAAAAAGAAGAAGAUGAUAAACUUCAGAUACAACAGCAAAUAAUUCAGCAGCAGCAGCAACAACAGCAACAGCAGUUGCAGCAAUUGCAGCAACAACAGCUGCAGCAACUGCAACAACAGCAAUUGCAACAGCUGCAGCAACAAGCGCUACAGCGACAACAUCACGCAAUUCAACAACAUAUUAAAAACCAACAGGAUCAAGAGUUGUUGCAGAAACAGUUUCAACAGCAGCAACAACAGCAACAGCAACAACAGCAGCAACAGCAACAACAGCAGCAACAACAACAGCAGCAGCAGCAGCAGCAACAACAGCAGCAGCAACAUCAACAGCAGCAGCAGCAAAAAACGGAGCUGCAGCAAGUUAGUCAGCAACAAGAGUUAUCACAGCAAAAGUUCAUGCAGCCUGUACACACGCAGCAGUUCAACGUCCCGGGCAUCGGCGAGAUCAACCUCAGCUUCUUGCCGUCGCCGCAGACCAACUUGUUCUUCGAGAAGAACCAGAAGACCGGGAUGAGCGGCGACAUAAAAUCGCAACAACUAGUAGACGGUCAAACUCAAGUAGUUCAGCAGCAGAUUAGCAUGGCCCAGCACGAACCCGCGCAGCAACACCACCAGACGGUCACCGUUGUGUCCUCCAUGCCCAACAGUAUGGCUCAACACCAAGUGCAGCAGCAGCAAGCAAGCGGCAUACAGCAGCAAGCGGGCGCCGGAAUCUCGACGAUGCCGCCCUUGCAGAGUCUGCCGCCCAACACGCAACACCCUCAGCAGAUCAGCGCCGAGUGGGGCCACAGCCGCGUGCAAGUCAUCCAACAGCCCCUCCAGAACAGCACGUACCUGCAGCAGCUUUACAACAGCCCGGGGCCGCUCAUCAUGCCCGGAAACAUUGCCCUACACCCGGGCAUCAAUUCGCAACAAAUUCAGGUGAUUGCGGCCGGCAAACCGUUCCAGGGGAACCAGCUAGCCCCGCACAUGCUAACCACUCAAGGCAAACAGGUGUUGCAAGGUCAAGCAGCUCCGUUCCCGGGCUACACCACCAUCCCGGCAAUACCGACCACGCAAAACCAGACCUUCGUGUUCAGCCCCCUGGGCGUCAUCAACUCCCAAGCGAGCAUCAUUCCCGCUCACUCGCAGCCCACGGUCUCCGGCAUCGGGCAGCAGCAGAAACCGGCGGAGAUGCACAAGGUGAUGAGCGGUGGAAAGUUGGCAGGGGGAAAAGUGGGGAGUAGCGGGGCGGCCGGUGGCCAGACGGUUCCUGUGCAGGCGCAGUGUGUCCAGGUCUCCCAGCCGGUGCUCGGCGCCCAGCAGCCGGCCCAGGCUCAGAUCAUCAGCCCGCUACAGACCGGUGGGCAGACGAUGCAGUUCGCCCCGUGGCAGAUUUCGGGCGCGCUGCCACAAGUGUGGACCGGGGGGUUGCAGGCGGGCACACUGCCAGCCGGGGGCCUGCUUGCACCUAACCCCAUAUUCAUCAGGGGGGCCCAACCGGAGACCGCGCCCUCCAUGUUCAUACAGCACUCACCGCAGAACAAUGUGCAGCACAACAAUGUGAGCGUCGCCACAGCCACUGCUGGCACUUCAACGAAGCCUCGCGCUUCCACCGAAGGGAUGUCCAAGACGACUCGUCCGCUCUCCAACAUACUGCCGUCGGGCGGGAUAAGACCAGCCUCCUCCGUCUCCACGCAAACCAACGCGAAUCAGUCACAAAGCCAGGCAAAGCACCGUGGCAAACCGGGCGUACGUUCACCAGCACCGACCACCAAGCAGGACGCGGCUAACCAGACCAACAAGAUGCAACACCAGAUCCAACAGCACAAGCAACCCGGCCAAAUGACUCAAUCAACAGUGGACAGGACAAACAACCCAUCAGCAAGAACAUGCAGCAGCAAGCCAUUCUGCAGCAGCAGGCCAUGCAGGUUACCAUUCAGCAGCAGCAGCAGCAGCAACAACAGCAGCAGCAGCAGCAACAACAACAGCAGCAACAACAGCAGCAACAGCAGCAGCAGCAGCAACAACAACAGCAACAACAACAACAGCAGCAACUGCUCCAUCAACAGCAGACUCAACAAAUGGUCCAGCAUUACCAACAACAAGGCA